AAACACAACAGACGGAGCAAACGGAAUACAGUUCAAAACUUGAUCAAAUAAUCAAAAUUGGUUCAAGAUUUUCACUGAAUCAAAGCCCUUCUGCCUCCUCCGCAUUUCCUACCUAAUUAGGGAUACAUAAAUCAUGUAUAAAGAUACAUAUUUCUGAUCAUUAUUCUGCGCAGCUGAAUAUUCCCGAUUGCUUCUCAUAACAAAAUUGAACUUCUUUACUUGCCUCGGUGAUAUUCGGCUGUGGUCUGGAGAUCUCAGGAUCAUACCAAGAAGCUGCGAGUUUCUACUCUCAAAUCUUAAACCUUCCAAAGUAGCCGAUUGAUAUCAACUGGUUUCCACUGCAGUCAAGUUUAUGAUUUUCAAGCAUAAUGGUCUGAUUAAGGCACACUGUUUUUGCAUGCAUUCAGUGUGUAUGAGUGAUGUUCAGUGGGCAAAAGGGAUUUCAUGCUCUUAAUUUAUUCAAGUGGCGACAGGGUAGUACAUCUUCUCUGAAUACUGGGUUGCUUGAUGAUGUACCUCAUGAAAUUGAGUUGUCUGAUUAUCAUAGAACACCCAGCCCUGAUAGUGAGAGCCCAUCUGGGCUUCUUGAUGGGGAAACUUUGAAUGCUGAGCCGAUUGAUGAUUUGGAUUUGUUCUUUGAGAGGAUUUACACCUAUUACUGCGAGAAAGGCCUGUGGUGCAUUAUCAUCAAGUGGAUGUUUGAGCUUCUGAGUUUGGCUUUCACUAUAUGUUUUUCUGGUUUUUUUCUGCUCGUUGUUGAUUGGAAUGGCCUCCGUGGUGCAAAAUGUGGCAUGGAUGCAGUGGAAUCUGGAAUCAAACCUUGUGACCUCUAUGAGGAAGCUUUACAUAAGCAUCCAUUGACUCCUUUCACUCUUUCGAAAGCUAUAAUUGUUGGAUAUUUGGGGAUAUUUUCCAUCUACUGUAUAUUCUGCUUUUUGAGGUUCUUUGCGCAGUUGAAGGAGACUCUGAAGAUUCGUUGGUUUUACUACAACUGCCUCCAUGUGACGGACAAUGAAAUACAGACAAUGCCAUGGUCGCUGAUUCUUGAAAAGGUUGUUCAAGUACAGAGGACACAUCAGCUAUGUGUGGUCAAGGAUCUUUCUAUGCAUGAUGUGGCCAUGAGGUUGAUGAGGAAGGAAAAUUACUUGAUUGGCAUGCUUAAUAAAGGAGUGCUUGCAUUUCCCAUAUCACAGUGGGUCCCUGGUUCGUGCGCAGCUGGAAGUGUUGGUACAGAUGGUGUACAACUUCGUCUAGUACUGCCAAAGACUCUUGAAUGGACGCUGAAUUGGUGCAUACUCCAGAGUAUGUUUGACAGAAACUUUUGUGUUAGAAGAGACUUUGUCUCUGAUCCAAUUACAUUGAGGAAAAGGCUUAUAAUAGUUGGCGUUACUCUGCUUCUUUUAUCUCCGUUCCUUGUUAUUUUCAUGCUCGUAUAUCUCUUCUUGAGGCAUGCUGAACAGUUUUACAAUCACCCAAGUACAGCAUUUUCCAGGAGAUGGUCAAAUCUCUCUAAGUGGAUGUUCAGAGAAUUCAAUGAGGUUGAUCAUUUGUUUAAGCACCGGAUAAACAGCAGCAUCGUGCAUGCUUCUGAUUACUUGAAACAAUUUCCUUCACCCAUCUUGACUAUUGUGGCGAAGUUCAUAUCAUUUGUUUCUGGUGGCUUUGCUGCUGUGCUCAUAAUAAUUGCGUUUUUAGAAGAAUCUCUCCUGGAAGGCCAUAUAUUUGGGCGAAACUUAUUCUGGUAUGCUGCAGUUUUUGGAACUAUAACUGCUAUAACCCGCGCUGCAAUGAGGGAUGAGCUUUUAGUCCUUGAUCCACAGGCGGCAAUGUCCCUGGUUUUACAACACACACACUAUAUGCCAAAAAGAUGGCGCGUGAAAGAGAAUACUGAGACAGUGCGGGUCGAGUUUGAGACUCUUUUUCAGUACACAGGACUGAUGCUGUUGGAGGAGAUGGCCUCAAUCUUGCUUACGCCAUAUCUACUUAUGUUUGUUGUCCCUAAGCGGGUGGAUGAUAUCUUAAAGUUCAUCAAGGACUUCACUGUGGAUGUUCAAGGCGUGGGCCACGUUUGUAGCUUUAGCCUCUUCGAUUUUAGAAAUCACGGAAACAAAAGAUAUGGUUCGCCAUUUAACUCGUCUCAUGAUCAGAGGAGUUCCCAGGGGAAAAUGGAGAAGUCAUUCUUGAGCUUUCAGAUUGCGUAUCCGUCAUGGGAUCCUAAUGAUGACGGGAAGCAGUUCCUCGCUUCAUUGAAAACAUUCAGAGAUCAAAAGCUAAGAGGUCAAGGAACAGCAGCCUCGCAGACGGCAUCAGGGAUGGUGCAUCAGAAUCCGAGAUUCAGAGGCUUUAGCACGAACGAACGGGAUGCCAUGUUUUCGAGGGAAACAGUGUUCAACAAUACGGGGAACUUCCACCAGUUUGACUCGAUGUGGCUGAUCGACUGUGAGCAGAAGAAUUUUCCCUACAUUCUGGAAUGGUAUUACACCUCUUACAAUCACGACAGAGACGAGGAUAACACGAGAGAGACGCUGUCGAGAAGCUACGACCAUGAUGAGGAGAACCCUCCCGCUCUAUGGAUGCCGUCCCACCUGGCCAACAACACUCCCAAAUACGACGAUGUCAACUGGGACGACAACCUGUUUGAGGAUCGCGCACAGAGCCAUCUAGAAGCUUCGACAUCGGUUCCUCUCUACCAAGAGAGUGUGCUGCAGCAGCAUCACGAGUCCAAUGACACACAGCACCCUGGCAGGAGCCACUGGUGGGCCAGGAUGCGGCCACAGGGUCCAGGUCAGGAGACGAGCUUUCUUGAGCCGCCAAACUUCUUCCAUGAAGCUUCCCACGAUGACGGCAACAACUACUCGGACGAGAGAAGCGGCGAGGAAUAUCAGCUGGACUUGAGAAACUUGAGGGGGCUGUCGAGGACGUUCUACAUGGACGAUUUAGAUGGAGGGAAUUUCAAUCUUCCGUUCGUCGACAUAUAUGAAGACCCGUUGGACAGGGGCUUGGGCUCGGUGGAUUCUGAGCCUCCAAAUCUGGUGUGAGAGCUCGCUCGGGUUUGAAACAAGUAGACUAUUGUUGAUCCAAAAUCUCAAAAUUAUUUCAUGUAGAUAACAAAAAAGUGUACAGAAAUUGGAAUGUGAAGUUUGGUUUUCCCAUAUGCUUGCUUCGCAAUGUGGGGAGGUGAAUUCUAGUGGCGUGGUGACGCUCAAAUUGUAAAAACUGCUCUAAUCAUUCUUGUAUGCUAGUAGUGUUAUGGUAGGCUA